AUGGAAAUAGAUCAUGUUGUCAACUAUCCGACAGAAUUUUUGAACUCAUUGGAACCACCUGGAGUGCCUGCACAUAAAUUAGAAUUGAAAAUUGGGGCACCAAUUACGCUUUUAAGAAAUUUGGAUCCACCUGCAUUGUGUAAUGGAACAAGAUUGAUUGUGAAAAAAUUGAUGCCUAAUGUUAUUGAAGCUAUGAUUAUAACAGGACAGUCAACAGGAAAUAGUGUGCUUAUUCCUCGCAUCCCCAUCAUAUCUUCAGACAAUCCAUUUCAGUUUAAACGACUUCAGUUUCCUGUUCGACUUAGUUUUGCGAUGAGUAUAAAUAAAUCUCAGGGACAAUCUUUAAAAGUCGUUGGUCUUGACUUGCAGAAGCCUUGCGUUUCACAUGGACAGCUUUAUGUUGGCUGCUCAAGAGUUGGUGAUGGAAAGAACUUAUAUUUAUUGGCACCAAAUGGAAAAACUAAAAAUAUUGUUUACAAAGAAGUUUUACAAGAAUAAGAAGAAUUAUAUACUAUAUGUAUGCUGACUGACACAAGUUUUAUUUUAUUGCCGUUUCUUAAA